AAUAUGAAUACUGCAGAUGAAGCCACGAAGUGGGGUAGUGGCCCCUGCCUAUCUACGAACGGAAGGUGGUUCCAAGGACCGCAGUUUCUGUAUUCUCCUGAGCAGCAUUGGCCACAACAAAGUCACAUGAAAAACAUUUGUACGGAGGAAGAACUUCGAUCCUGUUUCGUUAACAAUGCCUCGCGGCAUGUACCGUUGAUUCCAGUUGAACGGUUUUCUCGCUGGAUUCGGCUUCUAAGAGCUACUGCCUAUGCGUUGCGGUUUAUCUACAAUGUACGGAGGACCAAACAACAGCGAAACACUGGACCAUUGGGCUCAGAUGAAAUGCGUGAGGCUGAGAACGUUCUUUGGCGGCUCUGCCAAGAAGAAUCGUUCCCGAGUGAGAUUUCACAACUAAACUCAAUGAAAUCUGAAGUGUCGAAAUCAUCACCUAUUGCCAAUCUGUCGCCCUAUCUUGACGAACUCGGAGUACUGCGGCAAAAUGGUCGAAUCGGCUCGGCCUCCUACGUUGGAUUCAAUACGAAGUUCCCGAUAAUCCUGCCGAAGGCACAUCGGAUUACUGUUCUACUCCUUGAAGACUUCCACCGCCGAAACCAUCAUAUAAAUGUUGAAACUGUCGUGAACGAAAUAAGGCAAAACUUCUACAUCCCACAGCUCCGCACAGCAGUACGGAAAACGGCAAGAAAUUGCCAAUGGUGUAAGAUCUACAAGUCACAGCCGUCUACUCCAAAGAUGGCACCACUACCAGCUGCAAGAUUAGCAUCCUUUGAACGGCCGUUCUCAUACGUUGGAGUGGAUUUCUUCGGUCCAAUACUAGUGAAGGUGGGACGAAGUCACGCAAAACGCUGGGUGGCCUUUUUUACGUGCCUGACUAUAAGAGCGGUCCAUCUUGAAGUUGCGCAUAGCCUAAGUACGGAGAGUUGCAUCACCUGUUUUCGUCGUUUCAUCGCUCGUCGAGGAGCUCCCUUGGAAGUUUACAGCGAUAAUGGCACCAACUUUCAAGGUGCCAAGAAACUUCUUCGAGAGCAAAUAAACAACGAGUUAGCAGAGUCUUUCACGAACUCCAAUACCAAGUGGUUCUUCAAUCCUCCCUCAGCCCCGCACAUGGGUGGAGCUUGGGAGAGGAUGGUGCGCUCUGUAAAAGCCGCUAUAGAAAACAUCGACACCGGGCGGAAACUAAACGACGAAGGACUUCUGACGCUACUGACAGAAGCGGAGGGUAUCGUCAACUCCAGACCGUUAACCUACUUGCCACUGGACUCGGAAGAACAAGAAGCUUUGACGCCGAACCACUUCUUACUCGGAAGCACAACUGGUGUCAAGCAACCUCCUGCGAUUCCCACCGAUCAACGGGAUGCGGUUUCCAACAACUGGAAGCAGAUUCGUUAUCAGCUGGACAUUUUUUGGAACCGCUGGCUAAGAGAGUAUUUGCCGACCAUCUGCCGGCGCACAAAGUGGUUUAGCGAUACCAAACCCAUCGAGGUGGGAGACUUAGUACUCGUAGCGGAAGGUACUAAACGAAACAGCUGGACACGCGGGCGAGUGACGGAAAUACAGCCAGGUCCCGACGGACGUGUACGACGGGCUACAGUACAAACAUGUUCGGGUUUCAUGAGAAGACCAAUUUGUAAGUUGGCCCUGCUUGAUGUUCAAGAACCUUGUAAAACAGCUCCAAACACGCAGUCUUACGGGGGCGGGAAUGUUCCUAAGCUAACUGGCAACGCUGAAGGUUUCAUACUUCAGCCCUGCGGGAUCCACUCACACCAACCGACGGGAUGUAGCGAUACCUGCGAGUGCGAUAGCAUUAUAGGAUCAAAACAGAUUAAGAACAAAGCCUCAGAUGAAUGCCAAAUCUGAAAGCGUUGUGAUCUAAUGUGCUCUUUAUCGAUAAUUUCGUUAUAAAUAUCUUCUCUAAGAUUGUGAAUUCCCUACUACUAUAUUAAAUCUAAUUAGUGAAAUUGACCGGUAGUAAAACGUAAGGUCGCCUAAUGCCUAAACUACUACAAAUUUAAUAAUAACUUGUUGAUCAAAUCUAGGUAAAACCUGAAAUACUUUUCAUGCGAAGAACCAAAAGAUAUUUAGUGGUAAUUUCGGGUAAUAGUUGUGAACAACACUAAAUACUUUUUCUAUGCCAAAACUCUACACACACUGAACCUAACCUAAGUUGUACAAGCCUACACCAAAUUGUAAGUAGACACAUAUUAAUGUUACCGAAUUCGUCUAAAAGAAAUAUAUUUUUAGCUUGAGCUGAUCUGGAACAAGUGCGUUUCAACUGCUAAAAGAAGUGUGGCUACUUGUAGUUUUUAACACAG